UGGGGGGUAUCUGUGAGUAUAUUAUUAAUGGGGGGUAUCUGUGAGUAUAUUAUUAAUGGGGGUUAUCUGUGAGUAUAUUAUUAAUGGGGGGUAUCUGUGAGUAUAUGAAUUAUGUGAGCGGUGGGUGUGAGUAUAUUUAUGUGUUGCGUGUGGCAGUGCCAGUGGAUCCAGGCUCACACACCCCUUGGUUCUCUCGAUUCCCGGAGAAGAUGUGGGAGAAGACAAACAACUGCCCGAUGACAUUAGCCAUUUCCCAGUUAAUCCCUUUCUUGUUGGCACGAGAGCAGCUGGAAAAUGCCGGGUUACCGGCCUCUCCCGGGAGUGAAGUUGAAGGCAGGCGCGGUGCAUAUCACACAGUGUAUGUUUUUAAGGGGUCCACGUUGCCAGCUCCUACGACACUUCGCCUAAAUUAAAAGGCAACCAAUCGAAACGGCCGGAAGGGGGGGGAGCCAAGCAAUGCCGGGAUGCCAAUCACCCAGCGUGGAGCCAAUCAGCGGGGGCCCUGCGCUCGGCUUCCUAGUAUUUGGGCUAGUGUAGUGGUUGGUGUGCUCGCUUCGAGCUAAGGAAACAUUCUCCAGUCCCAGCUCAGUGAGGGAGGGACACCGAGAGCUGUCACACAGGGAGAGAGAAAGGGGGAGCCCAACCCAAGCAACUUGCACUGACUUACUGUGAGCAGGAGGCACAUCCCAACCUUCCACUGCAGCGGGGGGCACCAAGCACUGAGCAAAGAGCUGCAAGAGUAGGAUGUGCCAGAUGCUGCCCUUGCUACGGACCCUCGCACUGACCACUGACUCUUCCAAAGGGGGGGCACCGCUCCAACAAUAACAACUUUGUGCCAUGCAUCUUCAUCACCGCCGAGAGUUUGGGACAGGAGAGCGGCCAAAGUUGUAGAAGGAGAGGCGGAAGCAGAACGUGUCCCGGUCCCGCAAAUGUCAUGUCCCGGGAAGGCGGCGAGUGACGGGCAGUGGGCGCCACGAGAGACUGGGAGCGAGUAGGGAUUUGUUACUCUUGGACAAAAGGAGCCACACGGGAUUGUUGUUUAGCCAGCGGCAUCCGCUAACAGGUGAACUGAGCUUGGCUGCGCGGAGCAGGGGGGAGCCUCAUUGGGAGACAUUGGCAAAGGGCUGAUCCUCCAAGGACAAAAGUGCAUCUCAAGGGGGAAGCGUUGACGGGCUGUUGCGGGGGAGGACGAGAGGAAGCCCUAAACCUGUGGAUAGCAGCGUGCAGGGGGGAAGUGAUGGCCACGGCUGCCUCUAACCCCUACCUCCCCAGCAACAGCAUCCUCUCCCCGGGAUCCAUCGUGCACUCAGACUCAGGGGGGGGAAUGCAGCCUGGAAGCGCCGCCGUCACCUCAGUGGCAGGAGGAUACCGGGGGGACCCCACGGUGAAGAUGGUGCAGAGUGACUUCAUGCAGGGGGCAAUGGCUGCCAGCAACGGGGGGCACAUGCUGAGCCACGCACACCAGUGGGUUACUGCCUUACCCCACGCAGCGGCGGCGGCAGCAGCUGCAGCAGCGGCAGAGGCAGGCUCUCACUGGUCCAGCAGCCCGGUGGGUAUGACAGGCAGUCCGCAGCACCCUCAGCAACAACAACAGGACGUUAAAGGGGGAGCUGGGAGAGACGAACUGCACCCUGGGGCCGCACUACAUCACCGGCCACCUCACCUAGGACCCCAUCAAGGGCAUCCAGGAGGCUGGGGGGCGGCAGCCGCAUCACACAUUCAGUCAAUGGCAGCGGGGACUCCACAGCAGCAGCAGCAACAACAGCAGCAGCAGCAGCAGCAAGCUCUUCUAUACUCCCAAACGGGGGCAUUCACUGUGAACGGUAUGCUGAGCCCACCCCCGGGGAGCCAAAACCUGGUACAUCCAGGACUAGUAAGGGGAGACACGCCAGAACUCGGGGACCAUCCUGGGCAUCAUCAUCACCACCAUCACCAGCAUCAACAACACCACCAGCAACAACAGCAGCAGCUUCACCAUGAUGGGUUGAAUAGCCACGACCCUCAUUCUGAUGAAGACACCCCGACCUCGGAUGACCUGGAGCAAUUUGCCAAGCAGUUUAAGCAGCGCAGGAUCAAGCUGGGCUUUACUCAGGCAGAUGUGGGCCUGGCCCUGGGCACCCUCUAUGGCAAUGUCUUCUCCCAGACCACCAUCUGCAGGUUCGAGGCGCUCCAGCUCAGCUUUAAGAACAUGUGCAAGCUCAAGCCUCUGCUCAACAAGUGGCUGGAGGAGGCCGACUCCUCCACUGGCAGCCCCACCAGCAUCGACAAAAUCGCAGCGCAGGGCAGGAAGAGAAAGAAGAGGACUUCAAUAGAGGUGAGCGUAAAAGGGGCAUUGGAGAGCCACUUUCUCAAGUGCCCUAAACCAGCGGCUCAGGAAAUCACCAACCUGGCGGACAGCCUCCAACUGGAGAAGGAGGUGGUUAGGGUCUGGUUUUGCAACCGCAGGCAGAAGGAGAAGAGGAUGACCCCACCGGGGAUCCAGCAGCAGACGCCAGAUGAUGUCUACUCCCAGGUGGGCAAUGUAGGGGCUGACACACCGCCCCCUCACCACGGGAUGCAGACUAGUGUGCAAUGACUGGAGUGGGCACCCAGCAGCUGUCUGACCGGCCAGGCAAUGGCAGGCAGCAACCAUCACAUUCAGCAGCCAGGCUCGCCCAGACUGCUCUCUUUUUUAUAAACACAUAACAUAUAUAAAUAUAUAUAUAUAUAUACAGAGAGACCCAGUCGCAUUCAGCAAAGCGCUUGGACUCGUACUGCCGUGGCACGUGGGUGGAGAUGCAGAAUGCACCAAAAAAAUCUGCAGAGGUUCCUUUUUAAUAUAUAUAUAUUAUAUUUUUAAUAUUGUUUUUUAUUUGCCUUACGACUCCCACCCAGCUCCAGCAAAGAGCAACUCCUUUGCCACUUCCCCUCUCCUUCUUCUAUAAGAGCCAAUAUUUUGCCCAGCUUUAAGCAUUAUAAGGGAUAUCUAUGUCUGGGAUGUUUUUACUUUAUAAGAAAUAUUUGUCCUUUUUUUUUACAAUUAAUAUUAUUAUUAUUAUUGUUAUUAUUGUGACCAUCCAGUAAAGGAGCUAAUUAAAAGGAAGUGACCUGGAACUUGCAGAAUCCGUGGGGCUGAGUUGUCAAAAUAAGAAACUGCCAGCUGAUCCCCACUGGUGCCUCAGUGCCCAUAUUUCAGCUAAGCGAGGAAUUAGGUUCAUGGCACCAAAGUGACCAGUUGCAAUUUAUUGGAAUAUAUUUCUCGCUGGGAUUAAACAGGGUACAGAACAUCAAAGGCAGAGGGACAGAGUCUUGGCACCCGAACUUUAUUCUCCAAUAUUAAAUCAUUUUUAAGAUGUCAAGUACCGUAUAUUUUUGUGGCUCUUCCUAAUGUUGGGAAAGUAGCACUCUCAUGCCCACAUUUUUUUUAUUUAAACAUAAAAAUGACUGCUUAUGAUUGAAAUAUAUUUAAAAUACACUUUAGGAGAUUUACAUUCUGGACAUCAGCAGCUGCACUUAUCCCCCUCCAACCAAGUCCAUAGCCAACUCUGAAUGGGUGCUGAGGAUGAGAGUCAAUAAUACUGCCAUUUCCGUGCAGUGAUUUUGGUACGUUUUAAUAAACAGACUU